CAUCGUUUUAGUGACAUGAGAAACCAGAGGAUUUUAAAGCACUCCUAAUGCGUUGGUUCGGGUUUGGUUUUAAUGCAUUUGGGCAGAUAUGCAUCCACGAGAAGAUAAUUAAAGGUACUGACGCCGUGAAGGAAAUAAAAGUAAUUAAUCCAACGGAACUCGGUCAUGUGGACAGAAGUGGAAGCAGACAGGGUAUCUGCAUGCAGACCAGUGCAGUCAGAGCAAGCUGGAGUCGGAGAGCAUCUUUGCAUUUGGAUGGUGAAGGCUGUGUGUGCUUGGCAGGUUUCGGAGCUGUCACCUCCAAAGAAUGCAUUUCUAUGGCAGAGAGCCGUGGCUGUAAGGACGCUUUUAUCAGUGAAUCAUACUUGACCCUGUCUUUCCCUGGCAGAGUUGAGUCCUGGGACCUGGAGAACAAAAAGGAAACUCCAGCAUGGAGCAUGGAAAUAAAAACCCAGCCAGAAUCCUCUGAUAUGCCUCUGAAUCUCCCAUUAGUCCCUGGGGGUUACAUAGCCACAAAACCUCCCUUCUACCAGUCCCUAUCACCACACCUGAAAGCCAAGAGUCUGGCACUGGGCGCAGAGCAUGCUGUACUUCUCAGUGCUACUGGAGCUGUGUACACCUGGGGACUGGGCAGCCACGGUCAGUUGGGGCACGGAGGCCUCACCUCUGAGGAGCAGCCCAGGGCAGUGGAGGCGCUCUGGGGGAUGGCCAUGAGCUGUGUAGCUACAGGAGGCUGGCAUUCUGUCUGCAUUAGUGAUGGGGGUGACCUCUAUGUGUGGGGCUGGAAUGAAAGUGGCCAGCUAGGACUUCCAUCACAAGCCCUGAGGAAAGCACAGCAGCAAAGUGGCCAACAAGCCGAUGUCAGCACAUCUCCACGUGAAAAUCCACAGGAGGGAGAAGACGACAAAGAAGUGUUCAUAUCCAUCCAGGCAUUCCCAGCUCUUCUAGAUAUCACUCCAUCAUGUGAAAUCAAGACAGUCAGCUGUGGCUCCCGGCACACAGCUGUAGUAACAAGUAAGAUGUCUCUCUUGGCUAUGGAUGCACAUUUUUUUGGUGAGUUAAUGUCAGUCAUUUUUAUAAUUUCAUAUUUUCUCAUUUUAGCCACAGGUGACCUCUACACUUGGGGCUGGGGUGAAUACGGCCAGCUUGGACACCAGACUUUGAGCUCAGAUGAGCCACAGCAGGUGGAGUUCUUCAGAGAGCAGCAGAUGUGUGUGGUCAAUGUUGUAUGUGGGGCGUGGAACACUUUUGCUGCUGUUGUCAAGGAGGAAGUGGCUAACGCUUAAAUGUUAUGAAAUCUCACUGAUGCACGUGAACAAUGGACUUUGGACAACGUACCAGGAACUGUUUGUUAUUACAACAAAUACAAAACUGAAUUAAAUGCAUUUUGUAUUACACACACAUAUAUUUAAGCUUCUCUUGUCUAUAUAAAAAAAACCUUGGUAAAAUCAGUUUUUGAAAACUUUCUUUAUAGAAAUAUAAAAAAAGGUUUUAUAUUUCACAUACAUAAAAGGGUUAAUACAGUAAAAUCCACAGGCAAAUAUAAUUUAAGGCAAAUCUCUAAAGUUCUAAUUUUGAAAAUCACACAUCAUAAUAUAAGAAUUAAUGGGUGAUCCAUGUCCACAGUCCACAGUAGGUCAUCACAGCACAAUCUUGAAAGAGCU